AUGAAUCUGUGGAACAUUGCUGCAAUAAAUUACUUGAGGUAUGUGAUUAAGAAUUUUCUUGGUGGAAAUUUGAAACUAGAAGAAUAUGUUUUUGCUUUGAAAGAUUUAGUUGGAGUUGAAGCUCUUAUAGACGCGGUUGGAAUUGGAAAAGAAAAUGAUCUGACAAGUCUCGGUGUAAAUUCUAUGAAGUCCAUUUAUGAUCCUAAUGUUGUUAGGGUUUCAGCCUCAGAAGAUCGCUUCAGGAAUCAGGCUGUAGAAACUGUAAGGAAGAGUAAAAGAAACACAAAACCAUUGAUGAAAGCACUAGAAGCUGUUGUUGAUAAGAUGGGAGAGGAGUCAAGUAGAAAGAGGAUGCGAAGGUAA